GCGAACGGCAGUCGGUAACUCAGUAGGGCGCCAGACGGAGGACCGGCAACAUUUACGCUAGCUCCCUUACUGAUCCUGAAAAGAUAUAUUAGCGAUACAUCGAGCGUGAAACGCUCAUACAUUUGUCGCUAUAGUGAUUAGUGACAUCUUGUUAUUACUCUAAUACGACUUUAGUAUAUGUUUAAAAAUAUAAUGAACUUCUCAAAAGUGCACUUUGUGAAUUAGUGAUUACGUCAUAAGCCGUAGCGCGUAAUUCGUAGCAGCGUAGCAGCGUAGCGGUGUAGCGUGAGGUUCAGAGACAGCUAGGCGCGGUCGAUACACAGAAAUAUGAUGGAUGAGAAAAGUGAACGUCUUCAACUUCAGCCCGUUUCUGAGCCGGCAACGCCGCGCCGAGAGGCUGAUAACGAUGCCAAUACCGAUAAUGACCGACGGCCACAAGGCACUGGGGAAGCAGAGGAGACGGACUAUGACCCACAUGAUCAUCGAGAGCUGGAAAACCCAACUAACAAUAUGGAGACGUUGGUGCAUCUCCUGAAAUGCAGUCUUGGCACCGGUAUUCUCGCGAUGCCGCAAGCAUUUGCCCGCGCCGGUUUGAUCACGGGCAUUUUGGGAACAGUAUUGGGUGGCAUACUCGUUACUCACUGUUUGAAAGUAUUGCUACGCUCGCAGUAUGAGGCAUGUCGCGCGCGCCGUGUACCUCAAUUGGCCUACCCACAAGCAGCGGCCGCGGCACUGUCUCACGGUCCGGGAUUCCUGCGUCGCCUUUCGAAACCCGCCCCUGCCCUCGUCGAUGCCUUCCUCGUCCUGUAUCAGCUCGGCAUCUGUUGCGUUUACAUCGUUUUUAUCUCUGAUAACCUUAAAAAGGUGGUCGACCCGAUACGAGAGCUGCCAGUGGAGGUGUACACAGGUGCAUUGCUCUUACCACUGGUCGCCUUCAACCUGAUCCCAAGUCUCAAGCUGCUCGCGCCAUUCUCAGCGCUCGCAAAUGUUUUAAUCUUCCUGGGACUUGGCAUUACUCUCUACUUUCUUCUCUCGGGCGAGCGUUCUCCGGAACCACUGGACCUCUGGGGCUCUGCAGCUACAUUUCCACUUUUCUUUGGAACCAUUCUCUUCGCGCUCACUGCUGUCGGGGUUGUGAUAGCAGUAGAAAACAAUAUGAAGACGCCGAAGGCGUUUCUGAAGCCAUGUGGCGUUCUGAAUACGGGCAUGCUCAUCAUCGUGGUGCUCUACGUAGCCAUUGGUGCGGUUGGCUACACCUACUGCGUGUCCAAAUGCAGUGACUCUAUCACUCUUGAUUUACCAAAAGGGCCGUUAGCGGCCAGUGUGAUGAUUAUGUUUGCGGUGGCUAUCUUCAUAAGUUAUGGUCUCCACUGUUACGUGCCAGUGGAAGUAGUGUGGAAGGGUUACCUUUUACCGCGGCUGCAACAAAACGGAAGUCAGCAUAUUCGACUUUGGGAGUAUGGCUUGCGAGUAGUGCUUUGCCUAUUGACUUUUGUGCUUGCCGUAUCAGUGCCCCGUCUGGGGCUGUUCAUCUCGCUCUUCGGUGCGUUGUGUUUGUCGGCGUUGGGCAUUUGCUUCCCUGCCCUGAUGGAGGCAUGCCAGUGGUACCCGAAGCGGGCGAGCGUGGAAAGAUCCCUGAUGUUCCUUAAGGAUGCUUUCCUAUUCGUAGUCGGUCUGAUUGGCUUAGUGGCCGGCACGUACACUGCCCUUGUCAGUAUCGUGCGGUCCUUUGGUCCAGCCACGACCGAUUGACCACUCCUUACUUCGCUCCCCGCCAUUAGCGUUUUCUAUGAUAAUAGUCUCAGUUAUCAUCACGUAAGCGUCAACUCUUUCGCGAAAGGGUUUAAAAGUGCUAUUUUUGUUUGUUAACGGAGCUUUUAUAUUAAGUUUAUUGCCGACAUUGUUACCAGUAUAUAGCCUCGAAUAACAUAUUGUAUUCUUUUAGUCGAACUACAUAACACAAUCCAGCAUUAUCUAUCAAUAUGUUUACAUAACUGCUAAUGUGGCAAUCCUGCAUAAGCCUUGUUUCUACGAUGAUGAUAAUUGUACAAUGACGUAAUAUAUACACUGUGAUUUAUAUCGCUAUUUUGGGGAUUUACAAAAACUACACAAUAGUGUUAAAGAGCUUGUAGCUUUUAAGUGCUGAUAUUAUUUGUACUUUUAACAUAGAAGAUAGAAUAUUUUCUGUAUUUUAAAACCGUUUUGUUUUAAGAUUGUAUAAAUAAAAUUAUUUAUAAUUUAAUUUUUAAUUGCACGUCAAUUAGAUAAAGCAAUGAUAGUUAUUA